ACACCGCUCGGUCACCUCCCCAUUCAGGAAGUUGAAAAAAGGCUCAACAAGGGCGAAAUUAUUCUCAGUCCACUUACUUUCUGUCCCCGCAGUACAGUUCCCCAGUAGAUAUUUGGCUGUUUCACAUGUAUUCCGUCUCAUGACUGUGAAAGAAAGGACCAUUUUUCACCGACUUUUUUUGCAGUAAAGGAUGUCAAUGAGGCCUCGCAACAGGGAGAUCUGCGCUGACUGCAGCGCCCCCGAGCCUCGUUGGGCCUCGAUCAACAGGGGAGUUCUUAUCUGUGAUGAAUGCUGCAGCAUCCACAGGGGCCUGGGCCGCCACAGCUCUCAGGUCCGCCAUCUGACCCACACAGCGUGGCCCCCAUCCCAGUUACAGAUGGUACAGACUUUAUACAAUAAUGGGGCGAAUUCAAUCUGGGAGCAUAGUCUUCUCGACCCCUCGUCCAUCAUGAGUGGAAAACGCAAAGCCAACCCACAGGACAGAGUGCAUCCUAAUAAAACAGAGUUUAUAAAGGCCAAAUACCAAAUGUUGGCUUUUGUCCAUCGAAUGCCAUGUCGAGAGGAUGAUAGUGUAACUGCAAAGGACCUGAGCAAGCAACUCCACUCAAGUGUGCGGACUGGAAAUUUGGAGACAUGUUUGAGGCUGUUGUCUCUGGGAGCACAGGCCAACUUUUUCCAUCCAGAGAAAGGGAACACUCCAUUACAUGUGGCAGCUAAAGCUGGUCAGGUGCUACAAGCAGAGCUCCUUACUGUGUACGGUGCAGACCCUGGUGCUCCAGACAGCAGUGGAAACACUCCUAUUGAUUAUGCAAGACAAGCAGGGCACCAGGAGCUGGCUGACAGGUUGGUGGAGAUCCAGUAUGAACUGACGGACAGGCUAGCGUUCUACUUGUGUGGAAGAAGGCCGGAUCAUAAAAAUGGGCAGCACUUUAUAAUCCCCCAGAUAGCAGACAGAAAUGUCAGUCUGGAUUUGUCAGAGCUGGCCAAAGCUGCAAAGAAAAAACUCCAAUCACUCAGCAAUCAUCAGUUUGAAGAGUUGGCCAUGGAUGUUUAUGAUGAAGUCGAUCGAAGAGAGACAGAUGCAGUCUGGCUCGCUACGCAGAACCACAGCACCCUGGUGACCGAAACCACAGUGGUUCCUUUCCUUCCUGUUAACCCUGAAUACUCAUCCACCAGAAACCAGGGCAGACAGAAGCUGGCAAGGUUUAAUGCCCAUGAGUUUGCCACACUUGUAAUUGACAUUUUAACUGAUGCAAAGCGGCGUCAGCAAGGGAGUUCCCCAGACAAUGUCAAAGAUAACGUGGAGCUGAUUCUAAAAGAUAUUGGCAGCCGCCAUGGGAGUGAGAGUCAGGAGCUGGAUCAGCCUGACUAUGACAGCGUUGCAUCCGACGAAGAUACAGAACGGGAGCCAGCAUCUGGCAAAGAUGAGCGCACAAAGAGCUCGGAGUCAUCAGACCUGUCCGACGGACCAAUCACGGUGCAAGAGUUCAUGGAGGUGAAGACCGCUCUGAAUGCAUCAGAAGCCAAGAUCCAGCAGCUGCUCAAGGUCAACUGCCACCUGAGUGAAGAGCUAAGGAUCAUGCAGAGCAAGCUUAACUCCCUGCAAAACGAGAACACUAGUCUAAAAUGGCAGGGGACCAACAGCCUUGCCCACCCGCAGGACCCCCAGCGUCGACUGCCACCCCGUGGAGGCCGGGCCAUGUCCAUGUAUGAGACCGGAUCGGGGUUGAAGCACUAUCACCCCAGAUCAGACGGUACCCACCCUGACCCAGGCGGCCUCACCCUCCAGCCCCUUCCACCCAACAUUGGGAAGGGUCCUUCCGUGGCCGCCUCCUCCUCCCUCCCCACCUUCCCCUCCUCCCUGUCCUGGUCGUGGGAUGAGCGAACCCAAAGGGGCUCCCGGGUGGAUGGCCAGAGCAGCGUGCCUGAGAGCGACUAUGAUAACGCACCCAACCACACAGAGUUGGAGGACUCUGGGUCAGUGUGUGCUCCCAGGACCGCAGGCUGGUUGGGAGAGGGGGCUAUCCCUGAGUCAGGUGACCCUGAUGAGUGUGAGCCAGACCCAACUCUGCCUUCCACAGAGGAUGUCAUCAGCAAGACGGAACAGAUCACGAAGAACAUCCAGGAGCUGCUGCGGGCCGCCCAGGAGAACAAACAUGAGAGCUUUGUUCCAUGUUCAGAAAGAAUUCAUCUAGCUGUGACUGAAAUGGCUACCCUCUUUCCCAAGAGGCCGAGUUCAGAGAUGGUGCGCGGGUCACUGCGCCUGCUGACCUCCAGUGCCAGUCGACUGCAGGGCGAGUGCCACCGGGCCACGCCGGCUGAUUCCUGCCCCGCCGACGCCCAGCUGGUCACGCAGCAGCUCAUCCAGUGCGCCUAUGACAUCGCCAAAGCUGCCAAACAGCUCGUCACCGUCACUACCAAAGAGAGCAACUGACCUGCCGGAGGCUUGCCCUUUGUUCUAUUCCAAUGUUUCCCAAUGCUGGUCCUGGAUUACACGUGCCCAGCAUAUUUUAGUGCAGUGGUCACCAGCUCUGGUCCUGGAGCUCUACUUUUAUAUAGAGUCUAGUUCAAACCACAUUCUGCCACACCUGCUCCAGCUCAUUAGCUUCUUUAGAAGUUUGAUCGGCUAGAUCAGAUGCAUUAGUGUUGGGGAAGGAAAGGAGGCAUAUUAGAUGCAGAAUGGAACUUGACUCUGCACCUCCAGGAAGAGGGUUGGUGUAGGAAAAGCACUAAAAUGUCCAGGGCAGGGGUAUUUUUAGGACCAGAAUUAGAAACCACUGUCCUGUUCAUUUCAAUACGGAGGCUUUGGCCAUCAUUACUAUUUUUUAUGGCAUCAGUAUUAUGAAAAGUAUUUUAUGUUAUUUUUUUAUUUAAAGGACUUCGGUUCACAGUUUUUUUUUUUUUUUUUUGUUGACCAAAUUUUAAAUUAUAACCUUCGAUGUAUAACCUGUUGUUACAAUGUUGACACAUGGCAUGUUAACAUGUUGUUGAAGUCUACAGGCCGUGGGUUUUCACCAUCAACCAACAUCUAGCUCAGUCUGUACUGCCAUUUUCCGAUAACUUGUCGAGUUGCAAUCGAUGCAACUGCCGUGUGACGAUGCAAUCUCUUGUUGUAAUAAAACUCGGCCGUGCUCUGUUCAGUGAAUAUUUAGUCCUCUGGGCCUUUCUGCAUGAAACACCACUUUAUCCCUCAUCCUGUAACUUUUUAACAGAUGUGUAGAGCGUCUUUUCAUGUAUGCUUUAGUCUAUAAGCUAUUAUACCUCACUCACUUUUAUAUACAUGUUUACUAUAUAUACUAUAUACUCAACUGCUCUAACCUCUUGUUACCAUGUUCCAGAGACCCAAAACACUGUCUUCAAUUUGGACGUAUUUUUGGGUUUAAAAACACAGAACCACAUUUGUUCUCUUCCUUUGAGUACGUUUUUGUUAAUAACAAUGGACAGAAGCCUCUCCCACUAUUGUUUUUCAUUGCAUUUAUUUGUACCUGUGCUUUGUGCAAUUGUGAAUUGAGAUUCAUCCAAAGGAUGUGUUCAAUUACUAAUGUCUCUAACAUCCACCAGCAGUUGCGCUUGUGAUUUUUUUUUUUUGUUUGUUUUUGUUUUAUAUGUGGUGCUAUUAUUAGUUUGUCCUCGUAUUAUUCAGUACUUUGUAUAUAUAUAAAUGCUGCUAGCUGUCUACUACAUAUGCAACUAAUAAGGUGGUGUUGGCUAAAUCCCAUCCCUUUACUGUUACAAAUAGACAUCUGUUCAAGGCGCAGUGAUGGGCCAUGUGGACCUCGUACAGGAAUAAGAGAAACGUUGGUUUCGCUUUUGUGAAAACCCUGCCAUUGAAUAUAAUAAACCAGAAUUUAUAACGUGUGUCACGCACAACA